AAAUAUAGAUUUUCGCGUCCGUUUUCCGUUCCUUUCUCCGCAAUCGAAACAUUUACGUUUCAUUUUCCCUUCAGUUGGUGUCGGUGCGAGUGGUAGCGGCUGCGGAGUAGUGGUAGCGGGGUCACGGAAUUGCUAACAUUGCUCCGGCAAAGCCAGGCUAGCCAACAGAAGACCACCCGCGUUUGCGUUUUUUAUUUUUCUUUUCCUUUGGCAUCUAAACAACCUGCCCUGAACGUAUGCAUUAAUUGAUUGGAUGCCGCCAAAUUACGCCGCCGAUUGGAAAGCUAUCGAGGCUGCACUGAACUAGAUAAGAAACCACCUACCGAUAAGAGGGCUACCACCGCACGAUGCAGUCGAAUGUGGAAAAUUCGGUUUCAGAUUCCUCCGUUCGGAUCGAUCCCAAUGUGAUGCGCCCCGCGAAGCCAACGACGGAGACGGAAACGGACAGUGAACAGGAUGCGAUAAUAACAAACAAUCACCAUUACAACCGGCCCGUGCAGCAGUACCCAGCAGCAGUGUGCAAUGCGUUUCAGGUAUCCCGCUUUCGACGAAAGCUUUGCAUUUACACGCAACAAAUGAGAAUGCAACCGUACUAUGUGCCCCACCGGACCCGCACGAAAAGUGAAAACUCGGAUCUACCGCUAUCGGCUGGCGGCACCGAUACGGCACCGGACGUUGGGCCGCCCAGUUUGCCCAACUCCACGUUGAUGGAAACCGGAGAACCGCCCACCAUGGACAUUCCCAUGAACAGCGCUGGAGUGGCCAGUGCGGCGCUGCUGAGCGUAGCUCGCAGUAGGUUCCCGGUCGUGAUGCUCAAAAAGUACCGCUCGCUCGAGGACGUCCGGGUGGACAACUCGCUCGAAGGCUCGCAGCCAUCGCACGAAAUGGAAUUCGUGUCUAGUCGCAUCCAGCAGCUGAAGGUUCAGGAAUAGAAAGUUACCGAUUGGAGUUUACAGCGAACCGACGACGAUGCUUGUGCUCUUAAGGCACCACGAAUGACCCCAAAUCUCUUACGGCUCGCGAGUCACGCGAGUCACGUGGUUCAGCUGAAAGUUGAACGUGUGACCGGAGAAUGUCGCCAAACCAAAACUAUUGUACUAUAAUCCGAAGCCACUACCGGCCCUCAAUAGGCUCUUUUACACCUAUACUAUGUAAAUGUGUUCCGUUUCCGUAAUGCGUUAAGUUGCAGUAUUUGGUAGUGUAACUGUGACAAUUUAAUUUUAAUAUACAUACGAAACUUUGUACCGAU